AAGUGGCCCCGCCUCUCUUUCCUCGUGCAGGUCUAGCUAGUCGUAGCUAUCUGUAGAUAGUUUUAUCUCUAAGUGAAUUUUUUAAAGCUAUUUUUUCCUCUUAAUAAUUUCAGACGUCAUUAGCUUGCUAUAUAUAUGUAUGUGCAAAGAAUGUCAGCGUUUUGCCUUGCCACUUCCCGUAAUAGCUACUAUGUGCUGCUUAAACAGAUUUGUCCUUCAUGUAAACUGUUACUUAAAAAUGUGCACUUUAAUGCAAAGGUCAGGACAUUUAACAGGGAAGGUUCCAUCUUAAAUCUCACUCGGUUGUUGUGCUCGAAAUCCCACAAUCCGAAGAUACCGAGGGAGCCAACAUGGGAGCCAGUAUCAGAGGACCAGCUUCCUCUGCCUGCACAAAUCCCUCCAGACCUGGUGGACAAGCUGGAGCGACUGGCCCUGGUUGAUUUCCGUACCAAGCAAGGACUGGAGUGUUUGGAAAAAGCUAUACGGUUUGCAGACCAGCUUCACGUUGUUGACACUACAGGGAUUGAACCAAUGGAUUCAGUUUUGGAAGACAGGGCCUUAUACCUGAGGGAAGAUACGGCGGUGGAUGGUGGCUGUGCGGAGGAGCUGCUUAAGCUCUCAAGAAAAACAGUCGAAGAAUAUUUUGUAGUACCACCAGGAAACAUUCCUUUGCCUAAAAAAGAGGAGCGGUCUUCCAUGCUCAAACACUCAGAGCUAUGAUGUGUCUGCAAUAAAAUUUAUAUUUGUUGUGUGACGGGACUGGGCGUGUUUGCUACGAGUUUCGCUACGUGGUGUUUUCUCAAGACUGAGUGUAAUCACAAUGAAAAGUGCAACUGCUGAUGACCUGGAGGACUUUGUUAAAUGUUCAGUAGGUGGCAUCUGUCCAGCAACAGCAAGAAAAUGAUCACUUUGAGUUUCGUUUUAUGCUUGUUGCGGCGUUUCAGACAGGAUAGCUUUUUCAAAAAACUGGAGUCUGAACUGUAUUCAUUAUUUAAAACAUUGAAAUCUGUGUUAAACACUUUCCUUAUCCCACCAUCAGACUUAGUUUAAAAACAUUUCUCUAUUAAAGUGAUGUUUCUUAGAAAGAAUUAUCAAGAAUUUCAAAAUUAAAGCAUA